CGAAAGGUAAGAAUCCAGAACCUUCUUUAUCCCUCUUCCUUCCCUUCGUCAAGUUCCGUUCGGUUCGACAAAAGCAAUUCCCUCUCCUCUCCAAUCCGACCCAAAGCUUCCCUUAUUUUCGCAUCCCCUUCCUCAAUAUACUUUUCUUUUGCUUCCCUAUAUGGCCGUGGAGGAUGCCGUCCCUGUCGCAUUAGUGCAGCACACAUCGGCUCCGGCAGAGCCGUCUCCUCCCCCCAAGAAGCAGCGGAGGGGCUUUCUCUCUAGGCUUUGGCGCGGAAUCUUCGGGCGGGGGAAGGAAGACUACGAGAAGCGGCUGCAGUACCUGUCCAAGGAGGAGGCUGCAGUGCACUCGCGAUUGAAGCGGCGGGCGCAGACUUCCCGCCGGAUCGUCCGCAAUCUUGUCGUUCUUUCCGUCCUAUUGGAGGUUGUAGCUGUCGUUUAUGCUAUCAUGACAACUAGAUAUGCAGAUCUGAGCUGGCAGAUGAGGGCAAUUCGAGUUCUACCUAUGUUUGCUUUGCCUGUUUUAUCUUCUGUUAUCUAUUCAACACUUGUAAGCUUCACGAGAAUACUUGAUCGCAAGGACCAGAAAACUCUGGAAAAGCUGCGAGCAGAGAGGAAAGCGAAGCUUGAUGAACUCAAGGAAAGAACAAACUAUUAUGCGACACAACAACUUAUUCAGAAAUAUGAUCUCGAUCCUGCUGCAAAGGCUGCAGCAGCAACAUUUCUAGCAUCAAAGUUGGGGGCUGACACUGGUCUGAAAAUUUCUCUUGGAGACAAACUGAAUACAAAUCCUCUUGUAGAAAGCAAUGAUACAGAGCCUGUUCAAACCUCAGGGCUCAGGAAUCGGAAACAACCACAUGCAAGAAGCAAUACAACUGGAAGUACCACUGCUACUACAUGGGCAAGUGAAUCUGAUGAGGUUGGGACUGAACAGGAAAUUGCAGCACAGACUCAGAAGGUUGUUGAGCACUACAAUGGCUCUGGCUCCAAUGAUGGUGGUUGGGUUGCUCGAUUAGCUGCAUUACUUGUGGGUGAGGAUCCUUCACAAAGUUAUGCACUAAUAUGUGGCAACUGCCAUAUGCAUAAUGGACUUGCUCGGAAAGAGGAUUUUCCUCAGAUAACAUACUACUGUCCUCAUUGCCAUGCCUUGAAUACAUCUGGACAAUCAGCGGAGUUGACCAGGGGCAUUCCAUCCUCUACAGUUGAACAGAAUUCUGGUGAAAAUGCUGCAAAGAAUGAUUUUACAAGCAGCAUAAAAAAAGUUCCUGAUGAGCCAUUAGAUGACCACCAGGAUGAGGACAAAGCAUCUACCUCCCCAAAAGCUAGUUCAUAAGUAUGGUUUAUAAACACUCGUGGCUGCACUCUGUUCCUUCGUUUGUAGUUGAUGGACAACUGCAUCUUAUAAUGUACCAUACAACCAAAAGUGUAUAUUUUACGGAAAGUGCCAUUUCGACGUUAGGGGUAAUCAUUUUGAGGUAUCUGCAGCAAUGUCAGUUCGAGUUUCCCCGAGUUAGAUCAGAUUUUAUCCCACAGCAGUUAGUUAAAUUUCAUGUGCUCUCUGAAUUGAACAA